CAGGGUGCGCAGGUUUCCAGCCUAUAGUCACAUGACACGAACUGAAGAUGUCUGCGACGGAGGAGGACACGGAACUCAGAGAUCUACUGAUCCAAAACUUGGAAAACAGCGGUGUUUUGAAUAAAAUUAAGGCAGAGCUACGUGCGGCUGUUUUUCUUGCCCUAGAAGAGCAGGACAAAGUUGAGAAUAAAACACCUCUUGUGAAUGAAAACCUCAAAAAGUCCCUCAACACAAAGGAUGGUCGCUUGGUCGCAGGUCUUGUAACUGACUUCCUGCAAGUCUUUAAUUUAGACUUCACCCUAGCUGUGUUUCAACCUGAAAUUAGUACGCUCAAUGGGCUUGACAGUCGUGAAACUCUGUCUAAAGAGCUUGGUAUAUCAGAAACAGAGGUGAAUAAAAACACCCCUCUCCUGCUAGAGUUGGUGAAGAGGAGCCGGCAUAAGGACAAGACCUCCGUUUUCACAGAGGGAGAUCGGUUGAUUGAGAGAACUUUUCCCAAGGAAUUGUUGCCCCGUCAAAUUGCUGAUGCCCGCAAAAAAUUUGACAGUCAUGACAAGAACAGAAGUGGUGAGAUCAACAGAGAAGCCGUUAUUGGCAUUUUCGCUGAUCUUUUUCCCCAGUUCAGCAGAAACAUGCUGGACAGUUACGUCACUGAGGAAUUUAGAGCCAAAGGCAAGGACACACGCAGUACUGUAGACUUUCAAGACUUCCUGGGAAUGUACAAAUGCUUUUUCACUCAGUGUCGAAGUGUGGUUACCAGUGACAGUAGCGAUGCACUUUACUCUUCAAGUAAAACUACUGAAGAUAAAAUCAUUUCGUCUUCCGCCAGCAAGAUACCCAGGUAUCAAGGAUUUGUUAAGCACAGUUCAGCGCAGGAAGAAAAGGCUGACCCAAAGGCCGGAGACAGAAGACCUGGUGAACCACUGGGGUCUCAGAAGAACAGAGGGUCUGUUCAAGUGUCUGAAGGGACAGAGGAGGAAUUGGGUGAUGGGAAAAACCUUCCCACCCCACUGAGGAGAGCACUGGAGUUUGGCCUGGAGGAUGAGGAUGAAGGAGACUCGUUCUUUGAUGAUCCUCUUCCUAAACCUCAGAAGACCUAUGGCUGUGGUUUGUCUUCAGCAGAUAAGCCUUAUUCAGGGCAGAGGCAUUCUGAAAAAAGCUAUAGUCAGAAAGAUCAGCACUGGCAGAGGGAAGGGAGCCUGUCAGGGCGAUCCUUAUCCCAAAUGAGGAGGGGCACUAGCCUCAAUGAUUUCUCUAUAAUUUCUGUCGUAGGUUCGUCUAGUUCUAAAGAUAAGGGUGUAAAAGAGUUUCCCGUCCCAAAUGAGAAAACUGCAUCCCCUUUGCUGGAUGAUGAUCUUUACUAUGACGAUGACUUCAACAGUCAUCGCUCUGAAAACUCUAAGAGUGAAGUGAGCAUCGAUGAGGAGAUUGAGGAGGUGUCGAUAGAGGGGCCUGACAUCAGCGAUAAGCUUGAUGAAACCACUCAGGAUGUGAGCGUCUCGCAGAUAAGUUUGGGUGCCGACUACAUGGAAGAUGUUGCUUGACAUCUAACUGUCAGUUCCUUAUUUUAUACUUUAUGUAUUUAUGGAUUUAGUUGACAAUAAAUAAUUAAUUACAAUCUGACUGUUGACUCUUCCUGUUUUUCUUUAUU